AUGAACAGCAGGUGCAAAAACCCUGAGGUUGGCCGCAGGGGGCGGAAUCUGCGGCGGCCUGGAAAACUGGUGGGGGCGCGAGGCGCCGCUCUCUCUCGGGUCAGGCUCGGCUCCCGGCUCCCGGCUCCCGGCGCCUGGCGCGGAGCCGUUUCGCGAACGACUCGCCGCCAAGGCUGGUGGGUGGGUGUUGGGACGCGGGAGGCCGUGUCGUCGGAUCCACCCGCAGUCCACAGCCCCGCCGAGCCCGGAGGCCGCCCGGAUGGAGCCGCCGCUCCCGUCGGAGCCCAGCCCCUGGCCACUAUCGAGGGUAUGGAGAUGAAGGGUCCUAACCGGGAGCCCUGCACCCUGACCUGCCAAAGGAACGGGCUAUAUGAGUUAAUAAUCCAGUUGCACGAGAAAGAACAGCAUGUUCAAGAUAUCAUUCCUAUAAAUAGCCACUUUAGAUGCGUUCAAGAAGCUGAAGAAACUCUUUUGAUUGAUAUAGCCUCAAACAAAACUAGCCAUGUGUUGCUCUGUCCAGAGUUCAAGUUACUGAACCGUAGAGGAGAAAUAGUUAAGUUCCUGUAUUUCUUGAUCCUCAGUGUUGUCAUCUGGUUGGGAGAUUUGAAUUAUAGACUCUGCAUGCCUGAUGCUAAUGAAGUAAAGAGUCUUAUUAAGAAUGACCUUCAGAAACUCUUGAAAUUGGACCAGCUAAAUAUUCAACGCACUCAGAAAAAAGCUUUUGUCGAUUUCAUUGAAGGGGAAAUCAAGUUUAUCCCCACUUACAAGUAUGACUCUAAAACAGACCGAUGGGAUUCCAGUGGAAAAUGUCGGGUUCCAGCCUGGUGUGACCGAAUUCUUUGGAGAGGAACAAAUGUCAACCAGCUUCAUUACCGGAGUCACAUGGAACUAAAAACCAGUGACCACAAGCCCGUUAGUGCCCUCUUCGAUAUUGGGGUGAAGAUUGUGGAUGAACGGAGGUACCGCAAAGUGUUUGAAGAUAUUGUACGCAUCAUGGACAGAAUGGAAAAUGACUUCCUCCCUUCCUUAGAACUCAGCAGGAGGGAGUUUGUGUUUGAGAAUGUGAAGUUUCGGCAACUACAAAAGGAGAAGUUCCAGAUCAGCAACAAUGGACAGGUUCCCUGCCAUUUUUCUUUCAUCCCUAAACUUAAUGACAGCCAGUACUGCAAGCCAUGGCUUCGGGCUGAACCUUUUGAGGGCUACUUGGAGCCAAAUGAGACAGUAGAUAUUUCCCUUGACGUGUACGUCAGCAAGGACUCUGUGACGAUCCUGAACUCUGGGGAAGAUAAGAUUGAAGAUAUUCUUGUCCUUCACCUGGAUCGAGGCAAAGAUUACUUCUUGACCAUCAGUGGCAAUUACCUGCCCAGUUGUUUUGGUACAUCCUUAGAGGCUUUAUGCCGAAUGAAAAGGCCAAUCCGAGAAGUUCCCGUUACCAAACUCAUAGACUUGGAAGAAGACAGCUUCCUAGAAAAGGAGAAAUCCCUUCUGCAGAUGGUUCCCUUGGAUGAAGGUGCCAGUGAGAGACCCCUUCAGGUCCCAAAGGAGAUCUGGCUUCUGGUAGAUCACUUAUUCAGAUACGCCUGUCACCAGGAGGACCUAUUUCAAACCCCUGGAAUGCAAGAGGAGUUGCAGCAGAUCAUUGACUGUCUGGACACCAGCAUUCCCGAGACAAUCCCUGGCAGCAAUCACUCUGUGGCCGAGGCGCUGCUUAUUUUCCUGGAAGCCCUGCCAGAGCCCGUCAUCUGUUACGAGCUGUAUCAACGAUGCCUUGACUCUGCUCAGGAUCCCCGGGUCUGCCGACAGGUGAUUUCCCAGCUUCCAAGAUGCCAUAGAAAUGUUUUCCGUUACUUGAUGGCAUUUCUUCGAGAACUCUUAAAAUUCUCGGAAUACAACAAUGUCAGCACCAAUAUGAUAGCUACUCUCUUCACUAGUCUUCUCCUAAGGCCUCCACCCAACCUCAUGGCAAAACAGACUCCAAGCGACCGCCAGCGUGCUAUUCAGUUCCUUCUGGGCUUUCUCCUUGCAAGCGAUGAAGACUAAGCGUUUUCCUCUUACUGCUCCCCGAGAUUCUAGAGGCAGAAGAUCUUGGGCACCAAGUAUUUCACAGUGAUUUGAAAAGUCAUGCCACAGGAGGAGUCUAUUGCAGAAUUUCAAGAGUGUUGGCAUGAAAAAACUCUGUUCCUAGUGCAAAAGGAAGCGAGUUCCUUAACCCCUCCUUCACCUUAUCCUACAUAGCAAAAUACUUUUAGACUUAUAUUGCCAAGCCAAAGUUAACAUAUUUUGGUGUUUUCGUGUUUUCUCUUUUUAAGGCAAAGAGGUUUGUAUUUAUACUCCCCCACCUGCGGAUGUGUUUGCUGCCCUCCUGCCCAGCUAUCAGAUUAUCCUUUGCACCCUAGGCCUAGAUUCUGAGGUUUUCCCAUUUUAGGCCUAAAGCACUACUUGCUAUAGCUCAGACUUGUCUGUAGUCCUUCGUCUAAAGCACUUUUGCCCCAGUCCCACCUUGUAUGCCCCCUUUGCACUCCACUCCGCUAGUACCAUCACGUCGAAGGAAGUCUGGGUCAGGCUAGUGACUCCUGGGGUGUCCCUGAUAGCGACUUAGCUGUCUCUAUGUGGUUGUCACUUGCCUUUGUGCUACUCCAGUGGCAUCUGUGUGUCUCUAACAUUGGCCUUUCCAUGGAUCUGCACUGGGUGCACGCAUAUCCUCUAGGCAGUCUCUGCUACCCUGUCUGAUAGCAGAGCUUUGGGGAUGAUACAGAUAGCACCCCAUUGUAUAAGAGAAUCAAUCAGAACGGAAGUACUUUGAGUAUUUCAGAAGUGAGAGUAGUCAUGUUUGACAGGUCUUGCUUCCUACAUCCCUUUCUGUUCUGCAAACUUGUCAUGAGACCUUAGCAUGGAUGUGUUUGCAGCCCAUCCCCCACAUAGCAACACGCCUCCGGUGCAACCUUGUACCACAGUUGAAAAGCAAGUCUGUGCCUCCAGUUGGCCUCUCUAGGGAUGUGGUUCCUUCCCCCAGCAAGGGCAUUGAGGAUAACCCUUAGAACCCCGUGUCUGGUCUCCUGAAGUAUCAGGCAGCAGAUGCCACCAAGCUCGCUCCCAGUCACCUCAUCCAGUGCUGUGGAAGAGAGACAGAGCAGUGGGCCCAAGCAAAAGCGACUUUUUCACCCACCCAUGACAACCCCAUGAGCCUUUCCUUUACUCAAGCUCUGGGGCGGCUGGCGGCCUUUUUUUUUUUUUUUUUUUUUGUAAUGAAUCUGUGUUGGUUGGCAAACCAGCAAGCGUCUGCUGACUGCAAAACCAUCGGAUGCAAUUUGCUUCCUCCUGGUUUUCUUUCUUCAAAACUGCCCUGAGUCGACUAAUUCUCUCCUGGUAACAUUAACUCUGAGGAGCCUAACAGGCUCUGUGUCUGCCCUCAAGCAUUGAGUCCCGACUCUUCUGGCGUAUCCGAGGAGAGAGGCCGGCUGUACCACCGCUGAGGGUUCUCCAGGGGUUCUCUUUGUAAGUUGAGUUCUUUGGGGAAAGAAAAGGUAUGUAUCCUGUGACAGAUGAGUAAACCCUUUCCUGAGUGGGAGUUAUGGAUUUAGGAAUCAGGUUACUGGUGCCAAAUAGCUGCAGAGGUGAUAGAUCAGGGGAUGGGUGUUGAACUCAGUUAGUAGAAGACUACAAAGCAAACAGUUUAGUCAUGUCCACUAGAGAUGUCUUCUCCAGGCAGGACGUGGUCACAGCAGAGGCAGUGUAGAUGCCGUGGCGAGCUCAUCAUGCGCAGCCAGGGAAAUGCCUUUCCUGGGCACACUCUCUAGUGUAUUGCCAACCCGGGACCUUUGGGUGACGAAGGAUGUGGUCAGUGGGGGCUGUGUGCAGCAUUUUAGCUCUUUCUUCAUAAGUCAAAUGCACUAAGUUGGUUAACUGCCUCAAUCUCUUUACCAGCUCUGGGCCUAAGAUGUACAGAGUUGAGGGUUUUAGACAAUCUCUAAGGAGGGGAAACAAGAAUAGAGCAGACAUGACAAAUCUGCUUCCCUCCUGUGCCUCCUCCAACACUGCAACCUCUAAUUGCAAAGUACCUUUAAUGUACUGUUCAUACCUCCUCUCUCGCAGGGAGUUCAGAUCCAACCAGUAGGGAAGGACUCUGCAUUUGUUGUUCUAGGGAAGAGAUGGUUCAAACCCACGUGGUGACGUCGCGUUUGUCUCCCUUUCACUGUUUUCUGAUUCUUAUUCUGUAGUUGUUAUAUUUCCCCAAAAAUGUCCUGGUCACUAAGCAAAGCUGCUAGUGGGAUUCUGUAUUCUGUGUCAUCUUUUUUUUUUAUUAUAAUUUAUUGCAAUUUUUUCUGAAUAAAUAUAUGU